UCAGGGCGCGCGGGCAGUGGGAGACACCAAAACAUCUGGAGAACUCUGUGUGGAAUAAAGAAAAGAAAAAAAACUCCUCUCAGUGGAUUUGUGUGAUUCGGCCUCACAGUUAUCCUGUUUGUUUGAAGAAUGCGUCGCACCUCAGCAGCCUGGGCUGGCUGGGCGCUCUGUUUGUGCGCAUCUUUGGCCACGAGCGCGCAGGACUACCCGGAGGACGACGAGAUGGUUCUGGAUCUGAUCCGCGAGGACGGGACUCGAGCUGAGACCGGAGCCGAGCCCGCUGCUGAGUUCUUCAAGUGCAAAAAGACAGCGUGGUGCAUGCCUGGUCAGUACCUGGUCCUACUGCGUCAGGGGUCGCGAGACUCUCACGUGCAGAGGACCAUCAGGAGGCUGAGAGCCAAAGCGGCCAGGAGAGGCUCCCCGCUGGAGGUGCUGCAGACCUACUCUGGAGCUCUGCACGGCUUCCUGGUGAAGAUGAGCAGCGACGUCCUUCACCUGGCGGUGAAGCUCCCUCAUGUCCACUACAUCGAGGAGGACUCGUCGAUCUUUGCUCAGAGCGCCCCCUGGAACCCCCAGAGGCUACUGCAGCCUCACGGUGGCACCUCAGAGAAUAGGACAUACAGGCCACCCAACGACGGAGGGAUGGCGGAGGUGUAUCUGAUGGAUGGCGGUGUUCAGAUUUCUCACAGAGAGAUUGAAGGACGAGUGCUCAUCACAGACUUUAACAACGUCCCUGAGGAGGAUGGAGUGAGAGUUCACAGACAGGCCAGUCAGUGUGACAGUCACGGCACACACAUGGCGGGGGUUGUGAGCGGGUCGGACUCGGGUGUCGCUCGAGGCGCCGGUGUAAACCUGGUCCGUGUGCUCAACUGUCAGGGGAAAGGGACCGUGUCAGGAGCUCUGGCGGGUCUGGAGUAUAUCCGCGCAACUUUGCAGUCCCGCCCGGUGGCUGCUGUGGUUGUUCUGCUUCCUUUCAUUGGUGGAUUCAGCCGUUCCUUAAACGCGGCCUGUCGCGACAUGGUGGCUAACGGAGUCGUGGUCGUCGCCGCUGCGGGCAACUACAGAGACGACGCCUGCCUCUACUCACCUGCUUCAGAGCCCGAGGUCAUCACAGUCGGGGCCGUUAACUCGGCGGACCAGCUCAUGUCACAGGGAGUGGGUGGCACCAACUUUGGCCGCUGCGUCGAUCUGUUUGCACCCGGCGAUGACAUCGUGAGCGCCAGCAGCGACUGCAGCACCUGUUUCACCUCCCGGAGUGGAACCUCUCAGGCUGCUGCUCAUGCUGCAGGUGUAGCGGCGGUGAUCCUGUCGUCCAAUCAGAACGCGUCCCCGGUGCAGGUCCUGCAGGUGAUGCUGCGUUACUCCGUCAGCAACACCAUCAACUUCCUCUCUCUGUCCGACACGAGUCGUCUCAUCACCCCAAACCUGGUAGCCGCCAUGCCUCCCGCCAACGGCACAAAUGGGGAGCUCCUGUGUCGCUCGGUGUGGUCAGAGAGGUCAGGGGUCACGAGCACCGACGAGGCCGUCAGCCGCUGUCGUCGGGGGGAGGAGAUGAUGAGCUGCAGCGGCUACAGUCCUGACGGUGACCACGUGGGAGAAACCAUCACUGUGCACAGCGGGCAGAUGGAGUGUGUUGCGCACAACGCUCCGGGGGUUAAAGGUGUGUUCGCUGUGGCGCAUUGCUGUGUGACAAGUGGGCUGCAGUGCCGGAUCCACGCUAGUCCUGAACCCGGACGCGAUGCCGAGUGCGUCGGCACGCAGCACCACCUGACCGGCUGCUCCUCUUGGUCCGCUGCCUCCAUGUCAUCCGACUCGCGUCCACAUGGAGGUGAUCGGAGGCGCUGCGUCGUGGACGGGGUGACGUCUCACGCCGUGUGCUGCCACGCUCCAUCUCUAGAGUGCAACCUGUUGGACAACAGAUCAGCUGACGAAGAUCAGGUGGAGGUGUCCUGUCCAUCUGGCUGGACUCUGACAGACUGCAGCGCCGUCUCUCAGGGCUCCGCCAUCAUGGAGCCAGAUGCUAGCGGCAACAGUUGCCGUGUCCGCUGCGCCACGGGAGACGAAGGGGUCACCGGCGUCGCAGUCUGCUGUCGCGUCCGACCAACGCAGCCCGAUACAACUCCCCACUGAUUUAAUGUCCAACGUCUUAAAAACAGCUUUGACUCGUCUCUUCUCUAAUGUUGUCAUCUUUAACUGAGACUCUAAGCACUUCUGUAACACGGUUUGUGUGCGUUUCAGUUUUAGGGAUUAGAUCAAAAUAUGCUUCAGCACACAAAGUGUUAUAAUAAUGCCUCCGACUUGCUUAUGUUGCCUCAGUUAGUUCCGUCUUUAAACUGUAUAUAGUUUGUCAAAUGUAACCAAAUAUUUCUGCAUCUUUUACAAAACAAUGAGCUUUGACAAACAUUUCAUUUGUGUUAAAAAAAGAAAGAAGCCUUGUAGUAUGAGACACGUCAUAAUCGAUUAUAUAUCGACCUUAUGUCGACGUAACACAGCAGACAUUAAAGGUAAAAUGUGUACGAUGUAGCCGAUGUAGCGCUGCGCUCCAAACCAAUAGGGGGCAGUAUUUCACCUCUACUACCGGAGCCAUACGAUCUAAAUUUAGUAAUCAGUUAAAUAAAAAUAGUCGAUCUCUCUGCAACCUAACGUCGACGCUGUUAACUCUUCACAUUCUGUUGAUAAUAUUCUUUAAAAAAAAUACCAGGGCUGUUGUUGGACAGUCUGUUUAUUGCUUAUGGUGAUUCCCAACUGAGUGAAACGACCAGGAAGUCUCAAAGUGGCAGCCAUGAUAAGAACUGGUUUAAUUCUCUAAAUGCAAAUCAAGUAAUGUCCCACAAUCCUCUGCUGCAGACACCGGCCGACCUUUUCUUCUUUACACGAGAUUCAUCAUCACGUAAAUGUAUUUGUUUAAACUGUUGGUUUUUUUUGUCAGCACAGAACACAAAUAUUACAACUCAUCACAUUGUGUGCACCUAUAAUUUAUGAACCUUCUGUUUUUACCUUUCACAAUAAAAGCCCUAGACGUAUAAUAUAUUUGCAGAGUAUCUUGCAGUUCCGUGUCCGUUAUUCAUCAGGUGUAAAUGCCUUCAGGAGGUGUGAAUCUAAUUUGGACGGGAAUCUUUAAUUGAAUUGUAAAGCAACAAGUUAGUCACUGUAAUAAUUUACUUAUGGAAAAAAUAAAAAAUGUGCUCUUA